AUCAUUUUCUUCAUAUCAAGAGCCUAUUAUGUCAUAGAUGGCAUCAGAUCCAGAAAAGAAGCAGAGGGAACUAAUGCUCCCUGUCUCUCGUAUUCGAAUGAUUAUGAAAAGUUCCCCUGAGACUGAGAGCAUUGGACAAGAGUCUGUUCCUCUAAUAGCUAAGGCCACUGAACUUUUCAUUCAACACUUGAUACGCAAAGCUCUGCUGCGAAGCAAGGAUGGACAGCAUGUGACCUAUGGAGAUCUUGCCAACAUUGUUCAGGGAAUAGAGAGAUAUGAGUUUCUCCAAGACAUUGUGCCCUCCAAGAUAACCUAUCAGCAGUAUUUGGAGAUGAUGGCCAAGAGUGAAGUAGAUGAAGACAUUCCAUAG